GAGGAAAAAGCGGUAGAAAAUGAAUGAAUGAAUGAAUAUUCUAUUCUAUCUAUUCUAUCUAUUUAUUCUCCACAUUAUUAUUAUUAUUAUUAUUUAUUAUUACUUAUCUUCUUUUGUGUCUGUUAUUAUAUGGGAGCCAGGCAACGACAUUUCGUUGGCAAUUUCACUACUGUGUUUUUGUGCAAUGACAAUAAAGGGAGUCUAUCUAUCUAUCUAUAUAAUACUUCCUGGGUGGGCAAAUGUUACUGGAAGUGACGAUCGCAAUAGUUUUCCUUUUGACAAGUAUUAGGGCCACACGGGAAAAAAAAGACUGAGAUUUUGAUAAUAAAAGUUGUAAAUUUACAAGAGAAAACAAGAAUAAAGUGGUUAAUUUCCAAUAAAGUGGUGAAUUUACAUGAAUAGAGUUGUCAUAUUACCUGUAAAAAAAAAAAAUUUAAAUUAAAAAAAAAAUAUAUAUAUAUGAUAAUAAUAAUAAUAUUACCUGUAAAAACCUGGAAAAUAGAGCACAGCUCUUCAGGAAGGAAGGAAACUUGCCUCUUGCUUCAGGCAAGCUUUUCUUUAUAACGUGACAGCAAAACACAAACAGAUUAGCAUGUUAGCAUAGCCCUUCUUACGUCCUCUUUCCUUUUCAGAGUUGUCUCUCCUGUGGCCUUAAGCAAAGGUAAUAUGAUGACUUUUGUAAAUUUUCGACUUUACUCUUGUAAGUUUAAAACUUUAUUUUCCAAAAUCUGAGAUUUUUUCAUGUUUAAUUGUGAAUUUAAACCACUCGAUUGAGUCCCGCCCCUUCUGUCACAUGAUGCCGAUGAUUGACGGUUGAAGCGCCUUGAAUGCAACAUCCGGGUACUGGCAGCACACGGUAUUUUAAUGUACUUGUCAGCGUGAACGCACUUAUGUACCUAUAUCUUACUUACUGUAUUGUGUUUGUUUGUCUGACAACACUACUCGUCCGUACGCAGUGUGUACGUGUGCGUGUGUUCUAGUGUAGUUGCAGUCCGGAGGGGCGGGGUCCACAUGGCACAUCAUCCACCCCGCUCCGCUCACUCACCGAUGCAGAGUACGACAACCCCCUCAUCGCAGCGAAAGCGGCUUUCCACGGGUUUUCAACGUGAUGUCUCACCAUCUGUGUUUCUCUACCCGUUAAAACGUCAUCUUCUGCUCAUUCGGCACUUUUGGAAUAUUCUGAUGCGAUAACCGGCAGCCUGAAGAGAAAAGCGGUGCAGCUUUUUUUUUACAUGGCCUUCUCUGCAGCAUCCAGCGUGGUAACCAUGGCAACGGCAGCCUGACCCUGUGCGUGCUGUUACAGUUACUGCACGCUUGACCUGAAUUCCGCAUCACAUCAUAUGGAGGCAGCCAUUACUUGGCAGUUGACCUGCUUCUCAUUAUGACGUAAUGGACCAACAGAGGGUGCUGCAGUCUGGGUGCCUGGUCCCGGGGAUUCGUACGCCGCCCGUAGUACGACGCAGCAGCAAGCUGGCGAGCCUGGGACGCAUUUUCAAACCGUGGAAAUGGAGGAAAAAGAAAAAUGAGAAGCUGAAGCCCCCAGCAGUGGUGGAGAAGAAGGCGGCUUUGCGACAGAAGCAAGAUGACCUCAUCAAACGGAACCCCGGGGAGAUGGAGACAGGGGCAGAUCUUGCUUGUGGAGGUAACAGUGAAGAUCAGGACACCCCGAUUAACUCAGACGGAGAGGAAAGAGAUGAAGAGCCCAUGGCGCUGCUGGCUAGCACCACUGAAGAUCAGGGCAGUGACUUGGAGACGUCAACAGCUGAAGAUGUGAUGGAGGAUUCUAAGACGGUCGCUGAUCCCAGCCAGAGCGACGAUGAAGACCACGCCUCACCGGGGGACCCCUGCGAGGAGCAUUCGCAGGCCACCGAAGGCAGAAAGGAAGUGUCCGCCCAUCCUCAGAAUCCUCAGAGACGUGCCAGCACCCCUCCUGGACCCAACCUGCCAGUCAGAGUUCUCACCAGGCUGGGCAGUCUGGAUGGUGCGCCGCCGGUGAGAGUUAAAAAGUCUCCCGCUACGUUGCCAAGGAAUUUCUCGCUUCCCAAAGACCCUCAUGGCUCCCUGUUAAGAGGCCGGAUGUUGACGCCCACGGGGUCCCCCCACCUCGGUGCACUACAUUCCCAGCUCCCCCCCAGUUGCAUCAUCGAGGAACUGCACCGUGCUUUGGCCACCAAACAUAGACAAGACAGCUUCCAGAUGCCGGAGAUACGUGCCUCUCCAAAACGCAGAUUAGAUGGUCGCCUGUCACGCACCACCAGCACCGAGCGGGAACCCGGUGGCGAGGCGCAGAACAAGAAGCAGUCUGACGAGAACAAGGAGAACCGACGUCUGGAUGAGUACUUCAGUGACCAGGACAGCUGGAACGAGUCCGUGAUCUCCGGAUCAGGCGUUCCAAAAGUAUGCCAUUCCGAGGCCCUCGGUCACGCUACUGGAGGGACCCUCCCGCGCAGGAUGAGGAAGGAGCUUCUGGCUGUGAAGCUUCGGAAUCGUCCGAGCAAGCAAGAGCUGGAGGACCGCAACAUCUUCCCAGUCCGCAGCGACCAGGAACGGCAGGCCAUUCGUCAGCAGAUAGAGAUGAAGCUGGCCAAGAGGCUCAGCCAGAGACCUGCAGUGGAGGAGCUGGAGAGUCGGAACAUCUUGAAGCAAAGAAAUGACCAAACUGAACAGGAGGAGAGGCGGGAAAUCAAACAACGUCUCAACAGAAAGCUCAACCAGCGGCCCACAGUGGACGAACUGAGGGACAGAAAGAUCCUCAUUCGUUUCAGUGACUACGUGGAAGUUGCCAAAGCUCAGGACUAUGACAGGCGAGCAGACAAGCCCUGGACCAGACUGUCUGCUGCUGAUAAGGCCGCCAUCAGGAAAGAACUGAAUGAGUUCAAAAGUACGGAGAUGGAGGUUCAUUCUUCCAGCAAACAUCUGACGAGGUUCCAUCGGCCUUAGCAGGGUUUCUUCUGUGAAGAGCUGCUGAUAUUUGGUUCAGUCCGUGAAGCCCUUGCAGUGUCUUCCAUGUGUACCGGCCCACAGUCAGUGGAUGUCCUGAUAUUUGAUAUAUCCAGCAAACCUUGGAGGCUAUGUCUCUGGAAAAGGAGCCGCGCGUAGACCAGAAGACACGCAGCAAAAUCUACUCAGAGGAGCACUGACUUUCAUUGUCCCGGAUACGUCUUUUGUAAUCAGACUCUUUUGAAAGACUUUCUUUACAAUGCCACGGGGGCAAAAGAGCACGUGGCCCGCUCGUUCUGUUCCACUCUUGUUUGAGAAGUCACCCAUCACCCCCGUCCCCGUCUUCACUCACACUGGUUCCGUUGAUGAUGAGUUUCAUAUCGGCAGCAUCGAUGUUCUUAAAGAGAAACCUCGUCUGUGUAGAAGACAACAUCCCUUUGUCAGCACUAUUUAUUGUCUGCACAAUACAGGUUUUCAAUUUCUAACAAGUGUGGGUUUGUCUUGUGUUGACUUUGGAGCUGGUGGACUUGAGUCUUGAAUGAGGAGAUCCCGGAGACGGGAUUUGAAACCACCGUAAGUCUUGAAUCGCAAACAAUUCCAACCGUUUCUGAAACUACAGGUUCUGCAGAUUCAAGUGAUAUGCAGCUUAGAGAAGAUGAGGCUUUGGCCCCAAGCAGAGUUGGGGGUUUGAUUACAAACGAGUGCAAGCCUGUCGCGCUAUUUAUGUGAGAAAUUUCUACAAUCACACACCAGUUUUAUGUUGGCGAUACUGCCGAUACUCUGUGAGUGAAAUCGUUGGAUACCAAUACCGAUGACGUACAUGCAGUGUAAAUGUUAAGGGGUCACCAAGGGUUUUUCCUGAGAGAGA